CGAUUAAUUGGCGCGCGAGUAAACAUAUGUAUUUACUAUUAAUUUGCAACAAAAACAUAUCGGGCGCGUGCGUACAGAGAGCUCGUGCCUAUUAUUAACUACCAUACGACAGUUACAACUUGGACGUGGACCGAUAAACUUGUGAUGGACUCGAAGGAAAAUCGCGUCAAGUUGAUUACGAAUCCUCGAAGCCGCCGAAUCGAAAUCGCACCGAUAUCAGUACCAUUGGAGCAGCCGCAGCAGCAGCGGCAGCACAGCAUCAUUUGCGCGGGCAGUGGUUUGAAUUAUCGCAGCUUCCGCGAGGACGAGUCCUUGGCGUCGCUCGAGUCGACGAUACUGGCCGGUAGUCUGACGAUCAACGACCGCAACUGCGAGGAGGACGAGGACAAAGACGACGAGGAGGAGGAGGAGGACGAGUACGACGGGGAGUACAGCAACAAUUCGUAUCGGAAUACGAGGAGGCGAUCGAGAGCCAAGGACGGAUUGACGACCGUCAUGGAGGUCGACGAAAACAACAACAACCCCGGCGCGGUAAACCGCAAUAACCAGAUGAACGCUGACAGAUCACUGAUGGAGAGCAGCUCGGUGCUGGUCGAGGACGAGAAUCUGCUCAACGUCAACAUCGACGCGAUCUCGGCGAGCGAGUUGCCGGCCAGCGCCAGUCCCAUGAACGACGACGUGUUCUUCUCGCCGGCCAAGAGCAGCCCCUUAUACAAGAGUCCCCUGGACGACGACGAUAACAAUGACUCGGCGAUCACGGGUGGUUCCUCGAACAACGACGACGACAAGUCUCCGGCAGCCACCGCCACCACCUGCAUCGAAAAGAACAAAGACAAGUUCGAGCUCAGGGUUUAUCGGGAUCACGCGACCUUUGGCAACAAAUUAUCGCCGAUCGUCAGCUGCCCCAAGCACGUCUCGAUCGCGGCGAACACCACCACCGCCAAGUCGGAAAAACAACGCUCCAAGCAGCAGCAGCAGCAGCAGCAGCAGCCGCGCGCCGCCAGCCGCUUCGUCUCGAUCAGUCACGUAGGCGGUCACGGCGCGUCCUCGUGCUGCAGCGGCAGCAGCAGCAGCAGCAGCACGUUCAACUACAACACGACGAGCGGCGACAGCGGAGUGGGCGACGAGCGCACCGGCGCCUACAUACAGCUCAUCGUCGAGGACUUCAACAAGGACGUGACCAAGCACGCGCACUCGACGCCCAACGAGGACGAGCCAGCGUGCUCGACGACGGAGAAACAGCAGCAGGAACAGUCGAAGAGUCCGGCGAUAGUCGUGACCGAUGCAUCGUCGUCGAGCAGCGUCCGCAAGUCGACCAAGAUACCGCAGCUGAAGAUGCAGAGCAUGGCCAACAGCAGCCUGUACAGGCGUCGCGUCACUCGCCUGACUCAGCACUUCGAGGAGGUGAUCAAGGGCAAGGGUCAGCAGCCGGCCAAAAAGGAGCUCCUCGUGCAGCCGGGCAAACUCGGCGGCGCGCCUUCCUUCGUCGCCAACAAGUCGGUCAGGAGUCCGAGCUAUCAGUCGCGCGAGGCUCAGAAGCUCCUCAGGACGUCCAAGAAUCGCAGCAAGAUAAGCUUCGCCCUCUCGCCCAUCAAGACGAAGCAUCACGUCAAUUUCACGACGGCGCGCUUCAAUCGCACGCGCCCGUCCUCCUGCUCGGACUGCAGCAGCGGUGCUCAGGACGCGACCUCGGCCAGCUUCAACGCGUGCAGUACCGGGGGCGGCAGCUACAACUGCCUCGUCACGAGCUGCAGCGACGUCACUCAGUCGUCCUCCUUGUGCGGCUCGUACACGGUGAAUCGGCGCUCGCACUCGGCCAGCGACGCCACCCCGUCGUCGAUCGAGCAGAGCCGCCUGCAGCGGGCCAUCGACAACAAGUGCAUCAACGUGCGACGUCGCCAGCUCACCCCGUACUACGUCAGGCCCGUGCUGCUCAAUCAGCAGCAGCAGCAACAGCAGCCGCAGCAGCAGCAGCAGCAGCGAACGCGUCUGCACGCCAACAGUCCCGGUAACAAGACCAUCUCCAAGAUCGUGAAGAGAAAGUCGAUCGGCUACGUGAGCUCGCCCAUCAAGGCCCAGGUGAAGCCGGUCAAGGAGCUCAGAAAGAUGUUCUCGCCGUCGUACAAUCACACGCUGGCGCAGAAAAACGAGGGGCUGAAAAAAGUUAGAAACUUGUUGGAACCCAACGUGCCGGUGAUCAGCAUUUCGAAAAGUUGAAUCGAACGCGCGAUUCGUUCGACUCGACGCCACCGCCGCCCCUCUCGUUGUUUUAAUUAUAAAAAUUAAAUAUAAUUGUUUCCUCGCUCAGCCGCGCUCGGCAAAUAUUUUUUCGAAACUGAGCAUUUUCAUUAUGUACGUAGUUAUAAGUGUUUUUAUCUAAGAAUGAUUGUGUUGUUGUUUUUAUAUUUAUGAUGAUACGUCUUUUUUCUGAAAAAAAAAAAAUAUUAUUAUUUGUUUCAUUCAUGUGGUUGUGUAACAAUAAUCGAUUGCUGGCCAAUCGGGAUACACCAGAAAAGAAAAAGAAAUCCAUGUAAACGUUGCAUUUUUAUUUUAAAUUAAAAACGACUAUUGAUGA